GGCGCGUCAUGUGACCGGCGGCGCUGCGGGCCGGAGGGCAUGGCCGCCUCCCGCCCGCCCCGGGUGGUGCCGGGCGAAGCCUCCGAGAGCGACUCGGAGCCAGAGCUGCUGGUGGAGACCUCAGCGGAGGCGCCCGGAGCCGGGCUGAAGGUGCCGGGCGAAGCCUCCGAGACGGAAGACGAGGAGGAGGAGGAGCAGAGGCCGAAGACGCCGCCGGUGCCGGCGGAGGAGCCGGCGGCCGUGUGGGGGGGCGGCCCCUCGCUGCUGCAGCAGCGGCUGCGGGAGGGCACGGGGCGGCUGCGGGGCGCGGUGGGCAGCGCCCUGCGGCACAGCUACGGCAGCGCGGCGCGCAGCCUGGGCGGGCUGGGGGGAGCGCUGGGCCGGGCGCAGGUCACCGCCGCCGCCGCCGCGCACUGCCUGCGCCUGGCCCGCCGCGACCUGCGCGCCGUGGCCGACACCAUCGACAUCGUCACGGCCUGUCACCUCCUGCCCGACAUCCGCGGGCAGCUCUGACCCCGCCGCUGUGGGGUACCGCCGGCACCGGCACCCGGCAGACAUCUGCGGGCAGCUGCCAGCAUCACUGCUGUGAUGGCAGCGGCAGUACCGCACCUGUCACCGUCAGGAUCAGCACUGCAGUGUCCUGCCCAGGGUGGAGCUGUGCUGGCACCGAGUCAUGUGUGCAGCACCCCACACUGACCCUGGAGACCUCCUCACCACGAUGGCAUCAUCACCAGUGCAGCCACAGUGACACUAAACUUUGGCACAGAGAUUUCCAGCCUGGUGCCCCAGGAUCUGCAUGCUCUGGUGACAUCGUCACUGCUGGUCCCCUGGCUGCUGCCACCAUCCCUGAACUGUACCCUGGUGCUGGCUUGGUACCACUGUCUCCAAAUGCCACUGUUUUACGUGACAUGGAACUGAAUAAAGCCGUGGUGGUGUCAGAGCCAUAGUGGGGCACUACUGGCCCACUAUGAGGACAUUGUG